AUGUCGUCGACAUCUACGUUCGUUCCUCCCAGCGACCCUCCGAAAUACAUCGGCAUCGAUGUGGACAACACGUUCCACACCCACGAUGUCGCGAAUUUCACCAAAAACAAGCGCGCAUUCCGCAAGCUUCUGGAGAGCGGCUACCGUCCGCUAUUCGCCACAGGCCGCCCGCUCCACGUAGCCCAGUACGUGCUCGGCGAGCUGUCCACCGACGGGGUGUACAACGGUUACCCUGGUGUUUACCAAAAUGGCGCCACCGUGUACAACGAACGCGGCGAGCUUGUGAAGGAAGUGAAGUUCAGCGAAUCGUUUUUGCGCGACUUCUGCGCCAUGGUAAAAUCCCGAUCCCUUGAGCACAUCGUGGUCUUCCUGUCGGCCUCGGAGAUGUACGCACUGGUGGAGGAGUCGGCGUGCUGGCAGAAGAUGUGCGAAAUCUGGGAUCUGGACACCAAGCUGCACGUGGUCUCUGCUGAGGAUAUCUUGAAGUCCAACAUCGUGCAGAUUAUGGUGUCCAAGUACAAGGACAUCAGGGACCACAUCCCUGGCGUACCCGAUGUUGACUUCAUGGGCAAGAUCGGAACGUGCGGCCUCACUGACGUGAACCCGCCGCGCGUGAACAAGCUGGAGGGGCUCCGGGCGCUGCUGGGUCACGAGUUGGCCGAAAGCGGUAACUUCGCGUUCAUCGGCGACGGGUCUAACGACGUGGAAGCGCUGCAGGCUUCUCAGUGGUCGUUCGCCGUGGGUAACGCGUCAGACAGCGUGAAGGCCGCCGCCAAGAACGUGCUCGAGGAGACCAACGACCAGGCCGCAUUCGCCAAAAUGGCGCAGCUCCUAUACGGAAUCAACGUGGAGUAG